AUGACCAAGCAUCGUAACCGGCUCAGCAGGCUUAAGAGGACCAUUCGCAUGCUUCGAGGCCUUCCAAUGCUCUCCAUGAACAACAUCGGGGCCGUCACCCAGCGUCUGCAGGGUGUGAUCAUGGGCGACGCCAUCGAGGCGCUGCCGGAUUCCGGGUCGGAGCCGAACCUGCUCUCGCUCGAUUAUGUUGUCCGCCGGGAUAUGCGCGAAUUGAUUAAUACGAACAACAUCCUCAUAAUACAGUUUGCGAACGGCACCGUUCAGAAGACCAUGAGCUCCAUGUGGCCGAACUGGGCGUAUGCGAGCUCGACGGGCGACGAUGCCGACGACGAGUGGUCGGAGCACUUUGUGUAG